AUGGAUUUCAGAUUCUGGAAUCGAAGGGUUUCCAUCGUUAUCAAGCCACAGCGAUUGUUACGAUUUGAUUAUAAAGGGUUAUGGGCAAGUAGUCCCCUGUCGAUUGGCUCUUCUCUGAGACUGAUUGAUCCGAAACGAAUCAGUGAUAAAGAGUUUGUGGUGGAUACUGAUCGGGGAGUGGUGAUUAUGGAUGGUGAUACAUUGGUACCGUGCACAACACUGAUGCAGGGUUUGUAUUGCCGAAGGAAAGCGAUUCUUGCGGAUAGAUUCCGAGGUGGUGGUUCGACGAAUAAGGCCAUGUUCAUUGGUAAUAUUGUGCACGCGUUAUUUCAGUACGCAGUUCGUUUGGACGAACGUUCGGGCGCGAAGUUAAGUGCUGAAUGGUUGCUAAAUGAAUGGCGUGAAAAAUUCCGUCCCAAUCAGCUACAGCAAAUGAUUGCGUUGAAUAUGAGCUCAUCGCAGCUCGAAAAUGAACUGAGUGUUUACUUGGAUUCAACAGUGGACUGGAUUGGCCGCUAUAUGCCGAAACCUUUAGGGCGGAGUGAGUCACUGGAAUGUGGAUCGAGAAUCGAGCAGAUUGCCGAUAUUGAAGAGAAUAUUUGGGAUCAUUUGAUUGGAAUCAAAGGAAAAGUGGACGCGUCGUUGAAAGUAAAAACGCGAUCUUCGCAGACAUUAAUCGAACCG